CCGAAGCCAAGCUUGUUGAUUAAAAUGCCGUCCUAUAGACGGAACCAUCACCGGGUGAUUUAUUAGCCUCCAAACUCUAUUUUCCGCGGGGGAGAAGCUCUGCGGAGAGGAAAAAGCGGCGGAGAGGUCCCGUACGCCAUGAGCGCGGGAAAGGAGUUCAGGUUCUUCCUUUCUUGCGACAUCAACCUGCCGGUGACGUUCCGCGUUGAGAAAUUGGAAGGGAUUUUGCCGAAAAACACUCGUUCCGGUAUUGAUUCAACAGGAGAAAAUGGAAGCCCUGAGCUAUAUGUUGAGUGUAUGCUCUAUGUAGAUGGGGCUCCCUUUGGCCUCAGUGCAAGGACAAGGUUGGAAUCUGGUGGACAAUCAUAUUGCUGGAAUGAGUUAAUCACACUGAGUGCCAAAUAUCGCGAUUUAACUGCUCAUACUCAACUUGGAUUGACUGUAUGGGAUGUCUCAUCUGCAAGGGAAGGUCCUAUUGGUGGAGCGACGAUACUAUUUUUUAGUAGCAAAAGACAACUUAAAACAGGAAAACAGAAACUUAGGCUUUGGCUUCACAAAGAAGCAGAUGGUUCAUUUCCCACAGCAACUCCUGGAAAGGUUCCUAGGCAUGAGAGGGGAGAGAUGGAGCGCCUAGAAAAGCUUGUUAAUAAGUAUGAAAGGGGUCAGAUUCAGCGGAUUGACUGGUUGGACCAUCUUACUUUUAAAUCAAUCGAGCAGAUUAAAGAAAAAGAGAGUGGUAGAAAUGGAGACUCUCAUUUGCAUCUAGUAGUUGACUUUGGUAGUUUUGAGCAUCGAGUUGUUUUCCAGGAAACAGGAUCAAAUCUUUUUUCUCCAUCUCCUGUUUCUUCAACAAAUGAACUUGUCAUAGUGUGGGAUCCUGAAGUUGGAAGAAUAAAUCCUUCUGAGCACAAGCAACUCAAGUUAGCAAGAAGUUUGACUCGUGGAGUUAUUGACAAAGAUCUAAAACCAAGCUCUAAUGAAAGAAAGUCAAUACAGAGGAUACUCAAGUACCCUCCAACACGAACCCUCAGUGGGGAUGAAAGACAAUUACUUUGGAAGUUCCGUUUUUCGUUGAUGUCAGAGAAAAAGGCCCUUACAAAGUUUCUUCGAUGUGUUGAGUGGAGUGAUGUUCAGGAGGCAAAACAGGCUGUAGAACUGAUGGGAAAGUGGGAAACAAUUGACACUACUGAUGCUUUGGAGCUUUUGUCACCUGUAUUUGAGAGUGAAGAGGUCCGUGCUUAUGCAGUAAGCAUUCUUGAAAGAGCUGAUGAUGAAGAACUCCAAUGCUAUUUGCUUCAACUUGUCCAGGCACUUCGAUUUGAACGGUCGGACAAAUCUUGCCUAUCACUUUUCCUGGUGCAAAGAUCUUUAUCCAACAUCGAAUUGGCUAGUUUCCUACGGUGGUAUGUGGCUGUAGAACUUCAUGAUCCGGCAUAUGCGAAACGCUUUUAUUGCACAUAUGAGAUCCUAGAAGACAAUAUGAUGAAAUUAGCUGCAGGUGCAAAUGGAGAUGAAGAUGGCUUUAAGUUGUGGCAGAGUUUGGUGCGUCAAACAGAGCUUAUUGCUCAGCUAUGCUCCAUAAUGCGGGAUGUUAGGAAUGUACGUGGUGGAACGCAAAAGAAAAUUGAAAAACUAAGGCAGCUGCUUUCUGGUCUUUUGAGUGAACUCACCUAUUUUGAGGAGCCAAUAAGGUCACCUCUGGCACCAGGUAUGCUUAUCACAGGGAUUGUACCAUCAGAAUCUUCUAUUUUUAAAAGCUCUUUGAAUCCACUCCGUCUCACGUUUCGCUUGGCAAGUGGUGGAAGUUGCAAAUUGAUCUUCAAGAAGGGAGAUGACUUACGACAAGAUCAAUUGGUUGUUCAAAUGGUCUCUCUUAUGGAUCGACUACUUAAAUUGGAGAAUCUUGACUUGCACUUAACUCCAUAUAGAGUACUUGCAACAGGGCCAGAUGAAGGAAUGCUGGAGUUUAUACCCUCUAGUUCCCUUGCACAGAUUUUGUUGGAACACCGCAGCAUUGUGAGCUAUCUUCAAAAGUUUCACCCAGAUGAAGAUGGGCCUUUCGGAAUAACUGCAACAUGUCUCGAGACUUUUAUAAAGAGUUGUGCUGGAUACUCUGUCAUCACCUAUAUUUUGGGGAUUGGUGACAGGCAUCUGGACAAUCUUCUUCUCAGGGAUGAUGGACGCCUUUUCCAUGUUGAUUUUGGUUUUAUUCUUGGACGGGAUCCAAAACCUUUUCCACCACCCAUGAAACUAUGUAAAGAAAUGGUGGAAGCUAUGGGCGGAGCUGAGAGCCAAUACUAUACCCGCUUCAAAUCUUAUUGCUGUGAGGCUUACAACAUUCUUCGGAAAUCAAGCAAUCUUAUACUGAAUUUGUUCCAUCUGAUGGCCGGAUCAAACAUUCCUGACAUUGCAUCUGACCCCGAGAAAGGAAUUCUCAAGCUUCAAGAAAAGUUCCGGUUAGACUUAGAUGAUGAGGCUUCGGUGCACUUCUUUCAAGAUCUCAUCAAUGAUAGUGUCAGUGCUUUGUUUCCUCAAAUGGUUGAAACCAUACAUCGGUGGGCACAAUACUGGCGAUGAUCUUCUGUUUUCUGAUUGGGCCUUUCACUGCAGUUGCAGAUCAAUGUGCAUUAGGAGAUGUUGAUAGCGGAUAAAUAACACUUGCUGACUUCCCAUAGCUGCAUGGAGCUAUGCUGCAUGUAAAAACUGCAGCGCGUGGUGCAGUUUGCCACUUUGCAUCCAUCUCCAAUUAAGGGUGUAACUGUAUAUAGAGUCUUAGAUGGUAAAGAUGUAACGGUAUAUGUUUAUAGCUUUAUCUAAUUUUAUAUGUAAAUAUGAAACGUAGUAUUUAUUUUUGGAAGCCAGUGCAUCGUAAAUCUCAAUUUCAGAAGGGUGUUCCAUUUUCCAGUUUCUUUUUUCUCUCUUUUUUUCUUUUUUUCUUGUAGCUUUUAUCUUCUAUAAUUUGUAAUACAAGACCGUUUACAUAAUUGAGAACAAUACAGAAUUCAUUACUUGCAUUUA